GCCCUUCAAUCACUUUUCCAUGUCAGUGCUAAGCAAAAAUGUCACAAAACCAUGGAAUAGUAAUCAGAGGAGAUGGAAGUCUAAUCCUUUUCGGACUGCAUAAUCAUUAUCAAUUGGAUUUACCUCCAAGGCUUAUGUCCAAACUAGCCCCGGAAGAAUAUAGAUACACAGUGCAUCAGAUUAACAAGUUGCUGGCCAAUGAUAUUUUCAGAAAUUUUCUUUGCUUCCUCACUGGAUGCUUCCCCUGCCUUUGUACGGCUGGCCUAACAUUGUUGCCCUCGAUCUUGCUUAAUAAAGUCACCAAAAAGAAAAUCAGAAGAGUUCUGGAAAAGGAAAAUAUAAGAAUUUAUAAUGGUUUGGACAUGAACUGGUCCCUGGUCAGCCAGAAGUUCGGUUCAAGCGUUGAAUAUUGCUUGCAAAUCGAGUUCAUCAGCAAGCCUGUCAGCAUUGGACCCGACUGAUUUGAAUACUAUUACUAUAGAGUUGUUUUGCGUAUCUAUUAAUAGAGUUCCAGCAGAAAA